GAUAAAGGAUCUAAGUUGCCCAUUCAGCAUGACGCAACUCAAAUAGAUGAGAGUUGAAAACAUCAAGUUGUUUGGCUGGGCUUGUAUCAUCUAUUCUGUUCGGCUCACUUGUUGAAAUACACACCCCGAGUCAUGUGCCGCUUUGCACAGCCGUAUUUUAGGUGGUGAUAUCCACCUGGGGUAAAUUAAAAUAGUUGCUGAAAAAUAUAAAGCUAAAGUGUACUAAUGUCGAGCACUAGUUCAGAAAAGCCAGAGAAAGGACAGUCAGAUGAAUACGAGGAUUGGGAGGAUUCCCCAGACGACGAUAUCUUGGAAGAAGAUGAAGGAGUUGCCCCAUUGGAUGAUGAUGAUGAUUAUGAUUACGAUGACGAUGGCGAUGACGAUGACGACGCUGAUGACGAUUACUAUGAAGACUAAAUGUAUACUUCAACUCAAUGAAGUAGCUUAUAUUACCUCCUAAAC